CCGAACAUGGAUUUACCAUCUGAGACAGAGGCAUCACAUGAGAUUUCGGCUGAGAAUCUUCUCAAGUUUAAUCUGCUACCCUACGAAAAUAUGGGGCUCGACAGAUCAAGUAUACCGAAACUAACAUCUCAUUCCGAGAUCAUUCAAGAGCUGUUGUCAGAAAUUCCGGAGGCUAGAGACGCCUCCGAGAAUGUGACCCGUUUAUUUUCGGAUUGCGCGAGUGAGACUGAGGAACCAUGGUUGCUCGAAGAUGCUGUCCCUAGCUGUCUCGAAGAUAUAACCAGAGAAGACAUGGAGAUUGUUCUUCUUGGUACCGGUUCUUCGCAACCCUCAAAGUAUCGAAACGUUAGUUCGAUUUUCAUCAAUUUAUUUUCCAAAGGAAGCAUACUCUUAGAUUGUGGUGAUGGAAGCUUGGGACAGCUAAAGAGAAGAUUCGGAGUCCAAGGUGCGGACGAAGCUAUAAAAGGUUUGAAAUGCAUCUGGAUUUCGAACUUCCACGCAGAUCACCACACGGGCCUUGCAAGUAUCCUUGCUCGACGACGUGAUCUGUUGAAGGGAUCACCACACGAGCCCGCCCUCGUCGUUGGCCCGUAUCAGCUCAAUUGUUUUCUGAACGACUACCAGAAGGUCGAGGAUCUGGACAUGCGGUUUCUCGACUGCUCUCAUACAACCGAAGAUGCAUUGGAGGCUUUUGAUUCGAACAAAGGGAACCCGACCAAUCACACGAGCAAGGGCAUCGAUUCAUCUCUGUGCAAGAUUCUCGGAGAACUUGGAUUAGAAGCGCUGGUGAGCUUCUCUGUCAUUCAUUGUCCUGGAGCUCAUGGCGUCGUGCUGCAGGCUGCGAGCAGGAUCAACAGCGCCGGUAAAACCAUUCCCGGGUGGAAAGUCGUCUACUCAGGCGUCACCAGACCCUGCCCGAAACUUGUUUGGGCUGCCCGCCGCGCGACCGUGCUCAUUCACGAGGCGACCUUUGAAGACGGGAUGAUGGACGAGGCGGUGGCUCGGAAACACAGCACGACGACGGAGGCAGUGGAAUUGGGGAAUUAUGCGGGUGCGUAUAGGAUCAUACUGACUCAUAUCUACCAGAGAUACCCGAAGAUCCCGGAGUUCGAUGAAGCAGGGCAUAUGCACAAAACGUGCGUCGCGUUCGAUAUGAUGAGUGUCAACUUAGCGGAUGUUCAUGCACUGCCAAGAGUGCUGCCAUAUCUCAAAGUUUUGUUUAGAGGUGAAAUGACACACUUGAUGACUGAAGAUGUGUAAGCUUAGACACUGCACUUGUUGCUUGCUUGUGAUAUUUUUUUUAAUUUAAUGAAGCCACUUUUUAUUAUUUCA